AUGAUCGAGCAGCCCCUGCCGCCCCCCAAAGAGCUCGACCUCGGCGCCGCCGCCGCCCGCGACGAGCUUAAAGACCUAGACCCCCUCGGCGCCGCCGCGGGCAGGCGAGCGAAGGUCGUCGCGGCCGGCCACGCCGCCGCCGACCACAAGACGACCAUUUUAGUGCCGCCACAAAGACCCAAGCGGGUGGGCUUCAUCGAGGAGAAGAUCCCGGAAGACGCGCCCGCUCCGGCCGAGGAGAAGCGGCCGCCGCGGGCAUCUAGAUUGUCAUUAUCCACCUCACCAUCCGACGCCGGCUCGGUAAAGAAUCGCCUGUCCAUCUCCCAGUCGCCGGAGGGGCUGAGCCUGACGGACGAGAAGGCCCUCUUCACCCCGACGCACGUCGUCUCAACGCCGUCCGUACCUCGAAGAGUACCCUACGCCUCACCAGCCAUCAGAAUACAAAGCAACCGCCACCAGCAGGUCGGGUCCGCGUCUGGCUCCGUUUCAAGGCCAGAUUUUGACGACUGUCUUCGAAGGUCAGCAGCGGUAUUACACAAGCACGUGACCGUUUGUGAUUGGCGACGAAGACGAGCAGCGAGGGACCGGCCGGAGACACUAGAUACGGGACAAUUCAGAGACAGCGCAGCUCGACUCUUCGACGAGGCGCGGUACGCGGCGCCGCGAAAAGCGGCGACGAUCUUCCGCCUACCGCUGGCGUAUGGCGCUUUUCAUGUGUCUACAAGAACACUAGCCCCGAAGUACACGACGCCGUCGAUGCGGGACAUCUAUGAUUUUAUGUCCGCUUUGUUCUUGAAAGCUCACCUGUCCUCGGAGUGUUCUGUGGUUUGUCUGAUCUACGUCGAGCGGUUGAUGGAGAAGGCGCACGUGCCGUUCGACGACCGGACCUGGCGACCAGUACUACUCUGCUCCAUGCUUUUAGCGUCGAAGGUCUGGCAGGACUGCGCGUCGUGGAACGUGGAAUUUAGCGCGGUCUUCCCCCAGUUCGGGCUGGCGGCGCUGAAUCGCUUAGAAAGGGUCUUCGUGACGCAGAUCGGCUGGGACAUGUACAUCUCCCAGUCUUUAUAUGCGAAAUACUACUUCGCUUUACGGUCUUUGAAUGAGAAGCAGGACUUUAGGCGGCGCUACAACCGCUUCGUGCUCGAUGACCGGCGCGAGCCCGCUCCGAAAGACGCGCGCAUCGUCGAGCAGCGGUCGACCAAGAUCCGGAGCGAGUGGGUCAAGGCGCUGUCGAAGUCGAUCUAG